UGCGAGUCGUCCUGACGAUUUACUAAGCGCUGUCAAAAAAAUCAUACCUGAUACCUAACAAUUGAUAAUUAUUUUAUAUUUCAUCGAAAAAUAUUAUAUAAAUAUUGUUUAAAAUAAUUUUAAAAUUGUUGUUUCUCAAAUUAAAAUCCAUGGCUUAAAAUUAAAAAUUUUUUUUUUGUAAGCUACUACUUUAGCUGACAAAACACUAUGAAGGGAUGCAACUCAAAUAUGAAACUUUUCAUCAGAUUUUUUAUGUUCUAUUUAUUAUCUGAAAAUUUCUGCGAGGGUUUCAAGUUUUCAAUGAUACGAGAACAUCCUGACUCAACAGCUGUCACUGAUAAAUUGGCAAAUUUUCUUGAAGAUUGUUUGAUUGAACGCUUAAAUCCUCUCAUGAUUUCCAUUAAUCUGGCUGAUAUAGUUUAUGGAAAUUUUCGAAAAUCAGGUCCACCACCAACGAUAAUAAUUGAUCAAAAAUUUCAGACGAAAGAUAUAAAUUUAUUUCCACCAGCCUAUCCCACAUAUUUGUUAUCUGCACAAUCAUCAAAAAAUCUCAAAUCUAUUCUUCUUAAAUUAAAGUUAUCUUCAUGGUGGAGUACCGAAUCCAUUUUCAUAGCCGUGGACGACAUUUCCGAAAAAUCGUGUGAAAAAGCACCGAAAUAUCUGCAAACAAUGUGGAAACUGAACUUGGUCACCUCAUUCUUCAUAUGCAAUGAAAACCACAGCGAUAUGAUGUUAUUCAUGUUUAACCCUUUUGCUGAUCGAGCUCCUAAUGGUUGGACGAAAAUGAAGGAUCUCGAAAUUAAAAAAAAUAACUCGUGGACGAUUUAUAAACAGAAGUAUUCACCUGGAAAAAAUUUAUGCAGUAGUUUAUUCUUCGAUAAAGCGAAGUUCCUUGAUGGCUACAAGAUAAAUGCUGUUGCAAAUGCGAACCCACAGAAGAAAUGGACACCAGGAAAGGCUUAUAAUCUAACAACGAUGCAGGACAAACUGAGUUCAUUCACAAAUAAAUUUUUUAGCACAAUAUUCCCACUUAUGAAUGUAACUCCGAGUAUUGAUUUCGAUUUGCCAGGUAACCAGAUUAAUGAUACAUCACAUGGAUUUAUAUUAAAGCUCGUUAAUGGGACACACGAUAUCGCCCUUAAUGGCCGUGAUCUCCGAGAAUACGUUAACGUUUCGUACACUUAUCCUCUUGACGAAAUAGAAAUAGUCAUCUUAACUCAACAUCGCAAGUUUUUAACCCCAUUCGAAAAAAUUUGUAAAUUUUAUAGUACGGGAGUUAUAUUACUGUCGAUUCUUGUUUUUCUAAUGACAUCUCUCUUUUUGACUUUCUAUUUCAAACAACCUUUUAUGUAUGCAUCCUUAGAAGUUCUCCGAUUGGCUUUGAGUGCUGGUAUUUUAACACCCUUGAGAACAUCUCGUAUUAGAAUUUAUUUUUUCACGGUUUUUCUCUUGGUACUCAUAAUUAACGCGACGUUCCAAGGCCACUUGUCCGCAUUUUUAACCAAACCUGAACGCCCAACUGUCGAUAGCUUUGAUGAUUUAGUAAAGUUCGAGUACUCUAUUUAUCUACCACCUUCUUCUGAGGUUUUAUUUCAACAAUUUCCGGAGUCUUAUAGGAAAUAUAUCAACCGAUCUGAAUGGGAUUGUCAUCAACACGUUUUUAAUGAUCCGAACUCAGGUUGUGUUGGAGCUGCUAGCCGCUUAGUAGAUCUUGCUGUAUCGAAUGACUCAUUACAUGUUUCGCCGUACGUAUUUCAUUUGCCAAAUACCAUCUUGGUUCGUCAAGAUUGGCCGCUGAAGAAAAAAUUCGACGCUAUUAAUUUGAGAUUAUUUGAAUCAGGUUUCUUACAAUUGUGGAAUGAUCAGGAAUCCAGAGAUCCUAUAAAAAAACUACACUUUAAAGAGGCUUUAUUAACUAAAGCCCGAUACCGCCCUAUCGAAGUUGAUGAUUUGAGCUUCAUAUAUAUAAUAUUCAUUAUUGGUCUAAUACUGGCAAUAAUAGCUUUUAUUUUUGAACUUUACUUCGGAUAAACAAAAUUUUAAAACCAGUUGAUCUUAUUCUUAUAAUAAAUCCAACCAAAACGACAUGUGUUAGAGAGUUACAACUUUCUUUUUUUGAAAAUUCAUAAUUAUCAUAGCGGAUAGUUAAUUCCGAAAUUAAUAACGAAUAAUGUAGUUGGAUUUUCUAUUUUAUCUAGAAGUGAAUAAAAAUAUUUAUAGAUGUGACUAAUUUCGAAAUAAUGUCAAAUAUUAUCAUCAUAAAUUUAUCAAUAAUUAUGUAACUUUUGUGAUAAAUAGGGCCAGGAUUUUUGCUUUAAU